AUGGCUGCAAGUACUACGACAUCUGGCACGCUGGCCGGAAGCUUAUCUGCGACGGCCACUGCCAUGCGAUCACCCGAAACUCCAAGCAAAUCGGGAAGGAACGAUGUUCGCGAAUAUUUGAACACUUUCUGCCGGCAUUUCGACGUUACAUUGCCUCUUGAUGAGACAGCUUCACCUAGCACAAGAGCCAAUACAGCCCGCCAUGCCCUGCUUAAUAAAGUCCGACCGCUGUACUGGCGACAGAAGGAUGCUUUGGAUUUGGCUGUUGCUGAGCUGCUUGCGAGACGGCCGCAAGUCAAGCACUUGCCAGAUAGAUUGGAUAUUCUCAAUGCUCGACUUGCUGAACUCAUGACUACAUUCCCUGGUACUCCUCGAACUCGCAGGACGUCGCGGAGCAAGUUGAAGAUUUAUGCGAACGUGCCUGCCUUUGAUGCUGGAUCCGAAACUGACGAGCCAAAGUCACCGACACUCGCGGUGAAGCAUGCCCCACCUACUUCUGCUGCAAUCGACAUUGAUAUUCCACCUCUUGGUGAAGCAUUACCGCGCCCAAUCCGAUCGGCAGCAACUUCUUUCGACUCGGCUACGGCCAUGACAAGAUCUUUCAUGACGUCCUCUACGGACCUAUCCAGGACGUCAACCAACACAGCGGCCACAUCGUUCUACGACGAGACUUCCGCUACACAACAUACGGAUUACAUGCAAUCCUCCUUGGGCAUGCCGGAUGAGCAAGCUCCUGUCACCCCAGAAACACAGAAGAAGAAGAUUCAGCGUUACCAGCUUCGUGACAUGCCAACCCACGGGUUAGGACAAAUCGUGAUGCCGGAAAAGCUGCUUCGUCUGCCGAUGGAUCUGCGCUGCGAAGCUUAUCGCAUCAUGAGCCGAUUCGAUCAUACAGGAGUAAGUUUGGAAACGAAGCUUCUACCGUACUUGAGCACCGACGUAAGGUUGAACCAUCUACACGAAGUUGUUGACGACCUCGACACCAACGGGACGUUUGUUCGAGGCCGACGAACAGACUUCAGCAACGCCACCCUGUCCGCUUGCCUACACUUUAACAAAACCAAAGACAUGAAUCCCUUCUUUAGGUUUGAACUGAAAGUGCCGCAGAUGGCAGGCACGACGAGCUAUCAACGUGAGUAUGGUGGCCAUCGUAUCUUGACGGUAGAUCUAGCGGACUUCAAGAAACCACCGACGGGAUAUGACCGUGAAGCCGUCAAGGACCAGUUUCUUCAGCUCGUCUCCAAGCCGCAGGUCAUCCUCGGCAUCACGUGGGAGAUUUUUCUCGUUCAAGACAAGAAGCGCAAACGUGGGAGUGCUACGAAUGGCGACGAUCUGGGAAACCUUCAAGCUCAUUUCUUUGCGGUCAGUGGUCCCGGCAUCUCCCACAUCAGCAUACAAGAGUUUUUGCAGUGGUUCUUGCCCUAUCGUGAGAAUGCUGAGCAAUCAGUUUGCAAGGCAUACUCAAGACUUGACUUGGGUGCUUCUAGGUCAACCCCUACCAUCGGCUUUGAGCCAAAACAGAUCGUGUACCUUGCUGCGGACAAGACCGCUACCAAAGACCUUGAGCCUAAUACUUUCAUGGACGGUUCCGACCCGCAUGCAACGCGUUUCGAGGCGCAUGUUGUCAUGAGUGAUGGCGCUUCUUCUAUAGCAGAGGACCUGAUGGAAAAGAUCCGCAAUCUACUUGGCCUCCGGGAAACACCUUCUGUCUUCCAGGCCAGAUUCUGCGGCAGCAAAGGCCUUUGGAUAUGCGAUUCUCGCCUUCCGAAGGGAACCAUUCAAAUCAACAAAAGUCAAAGCAAAGUUAAGCAUACACUUGACACGACGACAAGCCGUGAGCACUUGACUUUCAAUGUUAUAAAUUGGAGUCGACCUACUGGCUCGUCCUUCCUCUAUCCGAGCUUUAUCCCUAUCCUCAUGGAUCGAGGUGUCCCGGCCGAUGUUCUGCUGGCCUUUGCAAAGCGAGCUACAGAGACCGGCACCGCGAAGUUCUUAGAUGCAUUGCAGGAUCCUAUACAGCUACAUCGAUGGGUGCACGAGGAGAGGGGGCUAGCAGCGCAGCGUAGCGCUAGCAAUAGAAUCUGGGAGCUUGCCGACUUUCCAACGCAACCAGCCGAGAGGAUAUGCAGGAUGCUCGAGUCAGGCUUUGACCCGCUACGAUGUGAUGUCCUCGCGAUGCAAACGCACAAGCUGGGGCGGAACGUGUUUAGCGCCAAGGCGAAGCGCUUCACAAUACAUCUCAAUGCUUCUACUCUCCUCAUGGGUAUUCCGGAUCCGUACGGGGUGCUCGAGCCUGGACAGGUGCAUAUGAGCUUCUCGACGCCACUCAAGGAUGAUGUUUCUGGGAAAAUCUGGUCUCGAGUCUUAGGGCAGCUACUGAUUGCUCGACAUCCAGGGAUGGGACCUUGGGACGUACAGAAGCUAGAAGCAGUUGACCAUCACGCUUUGUCACAUCUGCACGAUGUGAUCGUCUUCUCGACGAAGGGUCCACGUCCAGCUGCUGGGAAGUUAUCGGGUGGCGAUUACGACGGUGAUAUGUUCUGGACGACGUGGGUAUCUGAGCUUACCGAGCCGUUCUGGAAUGCACCUGCACCUUGGGAUCUGCCCGCGCCUUCGGACCUUGGCAUCAUACAAGACACAAGGACCAUACAUGACUUGGCUGGUAUAGAAGCACAUCGGAAAGGAGCGUGGACCGAACAAGCUGCGAGAGCCUUCAUCCGAAACGGCAUUGGCCACAGGAUGAAAUGGAGUGCGCUCGGCGAGAUCACGAACAAGCAUUCGGCCGUAACACACAAAGAUGGUACCCUCUCGUCGCCGAAGGCACUUAUACUUGUGGCCCUGCAUGAUGUGUAUAUUGAUGCUGACAAACAAGGCUACGAUUUCCCGAGAGAAGCCUGGCAGGAGUUCCAACGAAAGCAUGGACUUCUCGACCGUGACUAUCCCACACCUCCCUAUCGUGAGUACAUGAGCCAGGAUACCAGCGAGGAAGCUAUGUCAGAACUUGCGACCCGUUACACCAGUCCGAAGAAUAUUCUAGAUCGCAUAUGCUUUACGGUUGCACAGCCGAUUGUUGACGCUGCGCUGGCUCAGGCUAAGCACUUGACUCAGGCAGCAGUCUCACUGGACACUGACUUGGCCGCUCGGUUCAACAUGAUGUUGGGCGAGGGUGAUGGGAGCUACAUACGGCAAGCGGCUCAGGCUUUGCUCGAACAGCUCAAGGACGUGAACACGGCAUGGAACGAAGGUAUGGCAAGGUAUCAACGAAAGGAUACGAACCCGGGAGUUUGGCAAGACGCUGUCAGUACAUGUCGUGAUAUCUUCACUGCUAUCAUGCCCGUUGAUCCGCAGAAUCCAACAGCGAACGAAUGGCUGCGAGCGUACGGUCACACACCCUCGCCGUGGAAUCUGCUAAAGGCUUCUGCUUUGGCAGGCACGUAUGCCAAGAAUCAAGGCAAGAUGAUGUUCACCGUGGCUGGUAGUGAACUGUGUCUCCUCAAAGUCGAGAGUAUGGGUAUUUAUCGAGCGAUGUCGCUGGCAUUUUAUAUGCAGUCGAAGCCAGUUACACACCGCACUAGAGCCAAUAUGUUGCGAGCUGAUCAGACUUACUCCGACGAUGCUGACGAUGAGAUCGAGGAGGCCAUGCUUGAUGCACCAGGAUCAUCGGAUGAGCCAGUUCACAAAUCGGUACCCUCUCUACCUGGGGGGAAAAAGAGAGCCUCGAGUUCUGACCCAGCACACCGAGAGACUGUGCCAAAACGCCAUCAGCCUGAGCUUCGUACGCCUAUGUCUGCACCACAGAAUCGCACGUACCAGAUCAAAGUCGACCGUGGUCCUAGGAGAGCUACUACGACUGGAGAUAGCUCGAACGGACAAGAUCUUGAGGCGAAGAUUACCAGCGAUCGAGACAACUGCGGCUUCAUCUUUAGCACACCUCUCGAUGGCAUCGAGCUACCCAAGGGCCAGCAUCCACAAAUGUAUCGGUCAAAUUUGUGA